GGAAUGUGUUUUUUGAACGAGAAAAAUUGUGAAGGAAUGAGGAAAGUUCAUUCUGUUGCGGAUUCCGACUAUAUCCACCAGACAAUAAAAGAUAACAAAAUAAUUUCAACUGUAAAAUCAGAAAAUGCCAAAGUCUCAUGUAUUACUUCUUGGUGGUACUGGCUUCAUAGGAAGGAAUAUUGUGUACUAUUGGUUAAAGGAGAAAAAAGUUGAGUCCAUAGUUGUGGUGGAUAAGGUCCCUCCUGAAUUGGCCUGGAUGAAUCAAGCCCAUAGAGAUGCUUUUAACGAUCCAAGAGUUGAAUUCAAGAGUGCUAAUCUCGUUUUUCCUGAAGUAUGCACUGAAGUGUUUGACAGACGUGAUUGUGAUCCCAAAUUCGAUCUUGUGGUAAAUUGUGCUGGGGAGACGAAAUCAGGCCAAACAGAUGCUAUAUAUCAUCAAGGUCUGUUCAGGCUAAGUGUAAACUGUGCUAUUGAAGCAGCCUUGCGUAAAAUGAAAUACAUCGAGUUAUCAUCUGGAAACAUGAACUCUUUGAAUAGGAUCCACAAGGAGUCUGACCCAGUACAUCCUUGGACUAGUGUGGCUAAGUGGAAGAGGAAGGUGGAAGAAGAACUACCAAAUAUCCUUAACCUUGACUACACCAUUAUUCGUCUCCCGAUCGUGUACGGAAGAGGAGACAGAACUGGUCUUAUGCCCAGAAUAUUAGAGGCGGCUGUUUACAAGAGGUUGGGAAAAACAAAGAAAGUGCGUUGGGGUGCCAACUUGAGGAUACACACUGUGCACGUCCAUGACGUAGCCAGGGCAAUCUUUCAUGUCCGUGCAAGGGAUGAUACCAAAGGACAGAUUUACAACUUGGUGGACUGUGCAGACUCGACGCAGGGUAGCAUAUGGAAAACACUAUCUGCGAUGUUUGGAAUAAAGGUAGACUUCAUGGGCAAUCUCAGGUCCAGGUUGUCGGACAUGACGAAGGCCACCAAGGAGUUUAACGACAAGCAUAUGGCCGCAUGGGCGGAGGUCUUGAAGGAGGAGGAUAUAGUCAAUACACCCCUUUGUCCGCACAUAGACCCCGAACAGUUCGUUCACAAGCAUUUGAGGUUGGAUGGAGUAAAAAUACGGUCGCUAGAGCCAUAUAUGGGAGUGUGUGUUACAUUUCCAAGAGCGAAGCAUCUAAAGGAGAUUGUAGAUGACUACAUUGGAAUGGGCUUGUUCCCGAGUUCACUAGCUCCAAUACAACCAGCUGAUGAUGUUUCAGUACGUCGUAUACAAUAAUACUCUCUUUAUAUUGGAGAUAUGGCAACCAUUUUCAACAACCCAUUUCAGGAAAUGUGGUUUUGUGAUAUACGAAUACUUUAGGUGAUUUUAACAUAUUCCCAACAAAGUUUCCCGGAAUUGGGGCGAAUGUCUGUAUAACAGGCUGGAGCAUACCAAAAGGCACUUUGUGAACUAAUUCAAAAACUCUGACCUUUGGCCAGCACUCAUUUAGGGUUAUGUUAUAACCACCAAAAAUACUAUAACAAAUAAAACUAGUUUUCUUGGAAUAGGUCGUUGAAUAUGCUUGCGACCCCUCUAACUUUAAAGAACGUCUCUCUAAUAAGUUGAAUGCUCAGUCUAAACUUCUUAACCACGCACUGAAACAAAGAGACGGAAUGUAGUAGCUUUAGUAAUACUAGACUAAAUCCGCUUUAAGCUCUUCAAGUAGAAGUAAUUUGUUAAUCAAGUGCCUUAUUGUAUUUUUGGCUAUUCAAUUAAGGUUCCUCUGCAGUUGCAUAGGAACGCAUGUAUGUGCAGCUGGAGCUACAGCUUGACAUAUGCAGGAUGACUAGAUAAAAGGCAAUAUUUAUUUAGUAGAAAGCACAUAAUAAUAUGAACGAUUCCUAUGAACACAGUUUCUAAAACGUCCCCUAAACCGAGAUACAAUGUGCUAUAACGCCACUAUGAGACUGAUUACUACAGUCCAAUAACAUGGAUGUCACUGUCAAACUUCACUAAAUCCAACUUCUUUCAAACUAUAAAUGUUUAGAAAUUUUUAUAAGAAUAUACAAUAGAAUAUAGCAACUCUUAUGCCACCCUUACCGCUGUUUUUAAUCAUCCUGUAUAGAUAGCAAUGGUCCAACGUCAUUGGAUUAUAUCCUUAUGUUGUUCGAAUGUUAGUUAUCAAAAUGUUUAACCAACUAGCUAGCUCAUAGUACAGGGUGCGGCAGAGAGGAUGCACGGUUUUAAAAAAAUCAUGAAAUAGUUAAUUUUUACUCGAAGACAAAUUUAUUGAUGGAAUCAGGUUCACAAGGAAAUAGCAUUUGAGACAGUCAAGUGUGGAAAAUCACAUCAGGCAUGUGCUGGCCGAAAUCGUUGAUGCAGUGCUGGAGGCGUUCUUGGAAGUUCGCGUAGACUCUCUCCAACAUCGCUCUCUCAACUUGGGCGACUUCCACGCGAAUUUCGCCCUUCAAUUCGUCUAGAGUUCGGGGCUUGUUCGCGUAUACUCUAGCCUCUAUGAGGUUCUAAUUUUGAUCGAUCAGUGCUUCCAUCUCACGUGCGAAGUUCACUCGUUGUGCAUAAUUUCCGGGCUGUAACUGUUGCACUAUGGCCAAUUUGUAGGGGUGAAAGCGGAGAUCCAUAUGCGAAAUUCGCCUUACCGAACGAUCACUAAGGCGAAGUGCAGCAGCAUGUUUCCGGGCAGAUCGAGUCGGACUGCGAAGAAAGACCUGUCGAACGCGUUCAACAUUUUCAGGAGUUCGAACUGUUGUCGGCGCUCCUCUUGGUCUUCUGUUGAUCAGUUCACCACGCCUGCGACGUGAUUCAACCCAACGAAGGAUGGUGUUUCGAGAGGGAACAGCUCUAUUCCGAUGAAUGUUGGAGUGGCGACGAAACUCACGCUGUACGCGAUGACUGACUCAUUAUUUCCAUAACGACAACUGGUAAAAUAAUGCUAGGAUCUCACGAGUCAAAUGGCACCCUCCCCACCUCUCUCGAAGACGGAGGCGGAGAGUACUACCCAAUCCCAACAACGUCCGUCCUCUCUGUCGCACCCUGUAUGAGGAUCAAUUCGUUAUUAUAUAAAAUAUUUCAUUAACCUGUUUAUACAGAAAACUUGAAUUAAAACUAUUCGUUAUCAUUUUAACUUUUUCGUUGUCUAAAAACAUUUUGCGCAAUAAAUUUAUAAGAUCCAAAGAAUGCUGCGUUGACAAGUUCCUAUACGCUAUUCAAAUAACAUUUACGAUGCUUCACAAUAAACAUUAAACAUAGCUGCUGGACUCUGGAUUCUUGCUCUCCAAUUGGUUCAUUAUUGGGUACCCAGUAAACUGGCCACUAGUAGCACGAGAAUUUGACGAUUGAGUGUCGGUGUUUGUUUUGUUCCAGCGCAAAUGACACGUGUCUGUGUGUAUGUAUUUGGGCUAGCUAUGUAAUAUACAGUAUUAUUUACUACUAUUUUUAAAUUAGCAAUGUUGUAUUAUUUUAGUAGCGUCUCUCGCAAAAUUUGUCAGAAUAUAUUUCGAUCCAGUGGGUUUUGUAAGCUUGUACCUCAACUUUAUCAGAAUAAUGUAAUUUAAUUGCAGUUGGCAAUAAAUAGUUAGGUAUCUAAUACGCAGCAGCUGUUUCACUUUAGCCUAUUUACAACUGCUCUUCCACGAACACGAACUCUGUAUCACUUUAUGAUAUAAUAGUUUCAAAUUUUCUAUUUUCCGGCUGCUGAGGCUUUACAUUGCAUUUAGAUACAGAUAAAUCCAAAUAUUACUGACAAGGUAAUGUGUACGAGAGAGAAGCGCGAAAAGCGUAUGUUAGAAAGAGUGCUAGGCAACGUGGUGCUUCUAUUCUUUCUAACAUACGUAUUGCAUGCUUCUUGUACUUUCAUAAUAUUGUGUGAUGUCAUAUAGAAUAAUUUUAAUUUGAUCUCCUUCAUCCAAAUACUAUCCUGUUGUAUACUAUUUUGGAUUUAAUGUAAGAUACUUAAAACCCUAGAAAUGCGAAUUUUCAGAUGAAGAUUUUCCUCAAUUUACUCGUGAAAUGAGAAGAAUCUUAUUUUUGUAUAGAUGAGAUUAUAUUAUACAUAUUUGAAAAUAAAACAACCGUAGUGUUAGGAAUUUUUAGAUGAAUAUUUAGCUCAAUUCAUUUAUAAAAUGUGAAACAGUGAACGGUGAUUUUUGUAUUGUUAAGAUUUAUUUAUUAUUAUACAUGUAUAAAAUAAAAAUUACACUGCC